UUAUGUGUACUAAGAAAGCGACUAGGCCCGAAGGUAUCUGGAAAACUGACACAAAUCACCUUACAGUAAGCACUGUCAAUAUAUCAGCUAGAGUACCUUUUGGCCAAAGGAUGUAGUACUAUGAGCCAAUGGGGAUUAGGGUGAGGUCUUUAAAGUGCCAGAGGGGGACCAGGGGCCAAGUAGAUAGUAUAUAAGGCUGAUGCUGAAGUCAGUAAAUCAUUGAAUCAUCACAACUGACUCUAGACAUCAAGAAUCAUGAACGGAAUUGCUGUUGUCAUCCUUGCUUUGUGUGCCGUAGCUAUGGCAGCUCCAAGCUACAAUCAUGGUCAUCAUGGCAACCAAUAUGGUCAUCAUGGCAACCACCAUGGUCAUGGAUAUGGGUAUGGGGAUGAGAACCGUGAUGGAGUCCCAGAUGCUCUUGAUGCCAACCGUGAUGGCAAGAUAGAUUCCUACGCUCAUGGACACCACGCUCAUGGACACCGUGCUCAUGGACAUCACGCUCACGGACACCAAGCUCAUGGACACCAUGCUCAUGGUCACCUUGCUCAUGGACACCAUGCUCACGGACACCAUGCCAACAGCUAUGGACACCAUGAUGCCCACCAUGCUCAUGGACACCAGUCAUAUGGACAUGUUGCCCACCACUCCACCAGCUAUGGCCAUCAUGGACAUCACGAUUCCCAUCAUUAUUAAACCACGGCUUGGACUACACAGGACCUUCCAGGGAUUCAUCUAA